GGGGGCGGUGGCCUUAUCUCCUGGGCCUGGGCCCGGGUGCCACGUGGCGGCUGCUGCUUGGCCCCCGGCCCCCUUAUCUGCCCCCUGCCUCGUGGGCCGGCACUGCCAUGGACGGCCAGCUCCUGCUUGCGCUGCUGUUGCUGCUGCUGGGGGCCUCAGGCCUGCGGGGACAGGGGCCAGGGGGGCCCGAGGAGGAGCCCCCCGAGGAGGAGGAGGUCCCUGAGGAGGAUGGGAUCUUGGUGCUGAACCAGCGCAACCUGGGCCUGGCCCUGCGGGCCCACCGCACCCUGCUGGUGCAGUUCUAUGCCCCCUGGUGUGGGCACUGCAAGGCGCUGGCCCCUGAGUACAACAAGGCAGCUGCCCUGCUGGCGGCCGAGUCAGCCGAAGCCAGGCUGGCCAAGGUGGAUGGGCCCGCGGAGGCGGAGCUGACCAAGGAGUUCGCCGUGACCGAGUACCCCACGCUCAAGUUCUUCCGUGACGGGAACCGCACACACCCAGAGGAGUACACCGGCCCCAAGGAGGCCGACGGCAUGGCCGAGUGGCUGAGACGGCGGGUGGGGCCCAGCGCCAUGCGGCUGGCGGAUACGGAGGGAGCCCAGGCGCUGAUAGAUAGCCGGGACGUAGUGGUCAUCGGCUUCUUCCGGGACCUGCAGGACGAGGAUGUGGCCACCUUCCUGGCCCUGGCCCAGGAUGCUCUGGACAUGACCUUCGGGCUUACUGACCAGCCUAAGCUCUUUGAGAAGUUCGGUGUCCCCAAGGACACCGUGGUCCUUUUCAAGAAGUUUGACGAGGGGCGGGCAGAUUUCCCAGUGGACGAGGAGCUGGGCCUGGACCAGGGGGACCUGUCACGCUUCCUGCUCACGCACAGCAUGCACCUGGUCACAGAGUUCAACAGCCAGGCAAGCUGGGCUAUAAGCGUGCUUGCAGAGGUGGGUGGUGCAGGGCGGGGGUGUCUGUGGCAGCCGCCCUGCCAACUCAGCCUGCCCCUGCAGACGUCCCCGAAGAUCUUUUCGGCCAGGAUCCUCAACCACCUGCUGUUGUUCGUGAACCAGACGCUGGCUGAGCACCUGGAGCUGCUGGAGGGCUUUGGGGAGGCGGCUCCCCCGUUCCGGGGACAGGUGCUGUUCGUGGUCGUGGACGUGGGCGCCAGCAAUGCCCACGUGCUGCAGUACUUCGGCCUGAAGGCCGAGGAGGCUCCCGCCCUGCGCCUUAUCAACAUGGAGACCACCAAGAAGUACGCGCCUGCGGGCGGCGGCCCACUCACCGCGGCCGCGGUUGCCACCUUCUGCCACGCGGUGCUCAGCGGCCAGGUCAAGCCCUACCUCCUGAGCCAGGACGUGCCCCCCGACUGGGACAGGCGGCCGGUCAAGACCCUCGUGGGCAAGAAUUUCGAGCAGGUGGCUUUCGAUGAAACCAAGAACGUGUUUGUCAAGUUCUACGCCCCGUGGUGCACGCACUGCAAGGCGAUGGCCGCAGCCUGGGAGGCCCUGGCCGAGAAGUACAAGGACCACGAGGACAUCGUCAUCGCGGAGCUGGACGCCACCGCCAACGAGCUGGAGGCCUUCCCGGUCCACGGCUUCCCGACCCUCAAGUACUUCCCGGCGGGCCCGGGGCGGAAGGUGAUCGAGUACAAAAGCACUAGGGACGUGGAGACCUUCUCCAAGUUUCUGGACAACGGGGGCGAGCUGCCAGCUGAGGAGCCCAUGGCCCCCUUCCCGGUGGGUGCCUGUCCCAAGGUCGCUGUCUCUGGGCCUGUGGCGCUGGGGUUGCCGGUGGCAGGGGUGAAGCAAGGGUGCAGCUUCCAGCUGGGCCUCUGUCUUCAGGACACACCAGCCAAUGCCAGCGCGGAGCCCAAGGAGGAGCUGUAGCUGCCCCCGCAUCACCACCUGCUGCCCCCGCGUCCCGCUCUGCUGCCCCCACAUCCAUGCCCUGGGAGCUGGGCAGUGAAUAAAGAUUUGGCCCUGG